AUGGAAGACGUCCAGUUGGGUUUGAGAAAAGGUACAUGGACCAAUGAAGAAGAUGAUCUUCUAAGGCAGUGCAUUGCAAAGCAUGGAGAAGGAAGAUGGCACCGGGUUCCUCUAGCUGCAGGUUUGAAUAGAUGCAAGAAAAGCUGUAGGCUGAGAUGGCUAAAUUAUCUGAAACCGGAAAUAAAGAGAGGAGAGUUUGAGGAGGAUGAAGUAGAUCUUAUCGUCAGGCUUCACAAGCUUUUAGGCAACAGGUGGUCAUUGAUCGCUGGAAGACUUCAGGGAAGAACAGCAAAUGAUGUGAAGAACUUUUGGAACAAGAAGCAGCGGCGGAAAAAAUCACAAGGAUUAUCAAACAAAAACCUUAAGCCCCAGGAGACGGUGAAGCCCAUCAUACUGAGACCUAAACCACGCAGAUUGCUGUUGACCCCCAGUUCACUUUGUUCGACAGGUGAAGAUUUAACCGAAGACCAAACUCAGUUGAACAAGAACAGUGGCAUCGCAUUACCAACAUCACCAGGACCAGCAGUACGUCAGGAAAUUGAUUGGUUUGAAUCCUAUUUUGAGAAGGUGGAAGAGGAGAGCAUUCAAGCCAUAACAUGUUCUAGUUUGCCUAUGGAAACAGGACUAUUUAUUGAAGAUCAUAUUCAGUUUGAAAACAGCAUUAUGAGCUGCAGGGCUUUACCAACAUCAGCAGCAAUAGAAGAUCAACUUGAUUGGUGGAACAGCUUCUUAGACCCAUAA